AUGCCCAUGGUGAAGGUCAGAAUGAAUGGAUUUGGCCAUAUUGGACGCCUGGUUACCAGGGCUGCCUUCACUUCUGACAAAGUGGACGUUGUUGCCAUCAAUGACCCUUUCAUCGACCUCAACUACAUGGUCUACAUGUUCCAGUAUGACUCCACCCACGGCAAGUUCAAAGGCAAAGUCAAGACUGAGAAUGGGAAGCUUGUCAUCAACGGGAAGGCCAUCACCAUCUUCCAGGAGCAAGAUCCUGCCAACAUCAAAUGGGGUGAUGCCGGCGCCGAGUAUGUUGUGGAGUCAACCGGUGUCUUCACCACCAUGGAGAAGGCUGGGGCCCACUUGAAGGGUGGGGCCAAAAGGAUCAUCAUCUCUGCCCCUUCUGCCGAUGCCCCUAUGUUUGUGAUGGGUGUGAACCAUGACAAGUAUGACAAUUCCCUCAAGAUUGUCAGCAAUGCUAGAAAGUGUAGUCCACACAGAGGGGCACAGCUUGGCUUGUGUGGGAAAUAA